AUGGGGAAGAUUCAUGACAUUUGGUCAAACGAUUGCUUUCUGGCGAGAAGCCAGAAUCUUGAAAUCACAUUAACAGAAGAGUCACCAUCAACAACAAUUCACGGAAAUGAUUUGCGAGAUUUGAAAAACUUCAUUAUUUCAACCAAGAACGGCACCGACUUUUUCCUUGAUUUUUCUCAUCAUGGCUGUCAAAACAUUCAUGAUCCAAGGCUAGUUGACAAGGAAUCUGGUUGUGUACGCCUUUGCUUGGAUCCAUUUCCUUUCUUCGUUAAUCAUCAAGUGCCAGUGCCGGCAAAAUGUCACCAACCAUUACCACAUCAAUGGAAUAUGACUCAAAUGCUUUACAGCUACACUUUUAUCUACGAAAAUUUGCCACUGAAUCGGUUAAACAUCGUUGCAUCCACCAAAUUCAACACAAUAUUUGGAAUUUCGAUUCGAGUUCGACAAUGGAUUGAUGAAUCACAACGAUUGCUAGUUGUUCCAGUAGAUCCAUCGGAAAAUGAAUACAUUUUGGUGAAAACAAAUGUCAUCACAACAAUUGUUGUUCCGGCCUUGGAAGAAAAAUUCUAUCAACAAACUAUGGCAGCUGGAAUUGAGGAAACAAACUAUUACUGUCUAGAAUACCAGUCAGAUAUAACUUGCAAUGCAAGGGCUCUCUAUUCAAUCUACUCUGGUCCGGUGCCAAGUUUGUCAAAAGCUGAUGAGCUCCAUCUGAUCGAUUUGCAAGCUAAACAGAGUUUUAUCUCCAAAACCACGGCAUUGACUGUUUUUACCAAAUCGAAUUGCUCCUUCUGUCUUUCUGCAACACUCAAGAAAGGAAAACCAAAGUUGAGUGCCUUUUACGACACUGGUACGGUUUUUACUUCAUACAAUUAUCCCUGGUCAUUGAUUGAUUCAAAGUUGAGCGAUGAUUGCGAAACUGCUACCGCCACAGAUUUUUCUAUUGUUAUGACAAAAAUUGAAACGCUUGAAAAUGGUAUACUGCACUUGACCGGUUAUCAAGAUUCUGACUGUGAAGCCGAUGUUUACUACAAUCAGAGUUUCUCGAAACCUAUGGACAAUGAAACUCAAGUGCUGGAUGUUAGCUGUCUGAAGAUAAAGUGGUGCCCAAACAAUCAGACUGACUCUCUUGCUACGGGAGUUUUGCUGAAACUUCGAUCAAACCUCGCUCGUAGCCCUUUUGAACUCAACUGCAGCCGUACUAUAGAACUCACCAAGGUUCAACCACAUCUCAUUCUCAACGGACUACUGAUUUAUCAAAAUACUAUCAAAACAAAACUCUUUUUACCAAUAUGUGUCACCAACGGCCAUGCUUCGGGAGAAAAGAGAAUAAUAAUUGAUUUGUCUGUUCAAUGCUCUUUGCUUACUUUGGGCAGUGCUUGUCCGAGCAAAUCUCCAAUUGAAAUCAAUGGUGAAGUGGUAAAUCUCGAUUAUUGCAGCAAAACAUUCACAACUCAAAGGGAAACACUUUUGCUUACCUGUCGAUUCCAUUUCGAGGGCUUUGUCUAUGUGAGAGUCUAUGAUCAACGAGACCUGGAAACGGCUUCACAGAGCGCAAUUUCUUUUCGAUCUGAGGAAUGGACGAAGAGUCCUCGCGGCUUUGAAUUGAUUCCAUACGGAGAUCAACUAAUAGCGACCUAUCAUUUUGAGCAACAAAUCAAUCCAACCUGGAUCUCGCUUUCUUUAAAUCGUCCUGGAGUCACUCUUAUAAAGUUUAGAUGGGCUCAUAUGGGAGAGAAAUGUGCGUAUGAUUUGAAUAGUGGCCCUCCGGAAUGGACAGAGAUGAUCGAUGAAAACAAGACACUGAUCACAUUUCGUGAUGACGAAGCAUUUGUGACUCAAUUUUUGGAAAGCAAUCUUUAUUCAAUCCUGGUUCCACCAGGAUGCGCUCCGAGCAUCAACAUUUACAGAGAAUACGGUAAAGUUUUUGAAUGGUUGCUAGAUUUCCAACUGCAAGUGGUCCAACAUCUUUGCAAUGGAACAGUCAUUUUCGACACAGCUGGUUAUCAGAACCCAUUUGAGUAUCAUGAUAUCUAUGAUGAAAAGCAAUUUCAUUGGCAAAACGUCACGUGUGAUUUAUUUCUGAUCGAUAUUGUUGUUGAGGUUAUCAGUUUGGGAAACGAGAAUUUGAUUCUAAAUUUUCAGAAAGAGAAUGGAACCACCGAACUAGUCUUUUUGGCUCGCUCAACAACACUGCCGCAUAUUGAGCAGCGAUUCAACUAUCGCGGAGUAAAUGUCGUCCGAAACAUCGACCUCUUUCGUGAAUAUAUGGAUGGGUGCUUUGUUCGAAUUCAUGUAACUCGAAAAUAUCCACAACAUCCAAUAUCGUCCACAAAUAGUUAUGAACUGAAUUUUGGCCUAAUUCAAAAUCUAUUGCUUCUUUUCCCUUCGCUUGGCUUUUUUGGACUCUUU